UCAUGUUGCACCAUUCUACUAUACACUUGUAACAGAUUUGGCACUGGGAGUUUUUUGUGACCAAUUCUUUGCUCAACUCAGCAUCUUGUUGAGUCGGCUGUUCAUAGGAUCAGCACUCCUGCCAAGACCAGAAAAUUUUGAGUCAACUAUCCCUGUUUCAUCUUCAUUACCUUCACUGGUUCAGCUCAUGCUCCCUCCAGGCUGCUGUUUUAUUAUUUUGAUAUUUUAUUUUAUUUUAAAACCUCAAAGUGGUUUACAAAAAUAUAAGAAAAUCAGGGAAAAUGUACAGCCCUAUUUUAAAGCAGACAAAAGUUAAAAUACUAAAACUGAUUAUAAUUACCUCCAUUCUCUAAGCAUCUAGGUAAAGGUAAAGGGACCCCUGACCAUUAGGUCCAGUCGUGACCGACUCUGGGGUUGCGGUGCUCAUCUCGCGUUAUUGGCCGAGGGAGCCAGCAUACAGCUUCCAGGUCAUGUGGCCAGCAUGACAAAGCCGCUUCUGGCGAACCAGAGCAGCACACAGAAAUGCCGUUUACUUUCCCGCUGUAGCGCUACCUAUUUAUCUACUUGCACUUUGAUGUGCUUUCGAACUGCUAGGUUGGCAGGAUCUGGGACCGAGCAACGGAAGCAAGCAUCUAGGUAGGCUUGUCUAAAUAGGAAUGUUUUUAGCAGGCACUAAAAUUACUACAGCCAUACCUUGGUUGACGAACGCCUUGCGACUCAAACGUUUUUGCUCCCGAACGCCACAAACCUGGAAGUCGGUGUUCCAGUUUGCGAACAUUCUUUGGAACCCUGAAUGUCCGAUGCGGCUUCUGAUUGGCUGCAGGAGCUUCUUGCAGCCAAUUGGAAGCCACACCUUGGUUUCUAAACAUUUUGGAAGUCGAACAGACUUCCGGAAAGGAUUCCAUUUGACUUCCGAGGUACGACUGUAUUUCUCCAGUUCCAGUCCUUUGGCGAGUGCCAUAGCCCGUAUUCCCUCUUUCCUUGCAAUCCUGUUGUUGGCAGUGGGAGCUUUCCUCUGAAUGCCUAUAUAAUAUGUUAUGUAUUGAAGGAGCAACUGAUCUGGCUCAGGACUACGGUGUUGGCAAAGGGUUCAAUCCCACUCUCCCACCCACAUUGUCCUGUUCAAGCCCCUCCCCCCCCGCUGUUUACCUUAAAAACAAACAAACAAUGCUAUUGCUAGCUGCGUGCAUAAAAUCAUUUAUAGUUUGGCCCCCACUCCUUCUUUGGGGGGAGCUCCUUUCCCCUCUUCUCUUACUGUCCCCUCUUUUCUAUAAAAAAAAAACCCCACCCCAGAUCAAAACAAACUCUCUAGAAAAUAAAUGUUGGUUGUGGACGCUGCAUUUUGAAUUUAUUAUGCAUUGUAAAUCCAGCUUGGGUUUGGCAGAGUAUUUGUAUUUGGCAAAAUGCAGAGAUCCUAGUUAGCAAAGGCAGUGUGUGUUUUGGUUCAAUGAAUAAGCAUCUCUCCUCUCGAAGAGGACACAGGCCAACUACUAAAGAGUUUUAUCUACAAGACUGAGGGGCACCGAACAUUGUACAGGGUUAGUGAAUUCAGAAUUGUUGUCAUAUAUCAACAGUUUUUCCUUGGGUUUGUUUCCAAAUGCAUAGAGUACAGUUUAUUGUAACCUUGCCACACUGUUCACUAUCUGGAAUCUGCCCCAACCAUUGCUUUCAGGAGGUGCGAAGGACGAGGUGCGCAGCCUGGGAGCCAUUUUGGACUCACAGCUGUCUAUGGAGGCACAGUUUAAUUCUGUAUCCAGGGCAGCUGUUUAUCAGCUCCAUCUGGUAUGCAGGCUGAGACCCUACCUGCCCGCAGACUGUCUCGCCAGAGUGCCGCACGCUCUAGUUAGCUCUCACUUGGACUACUGCAAUGUGCUCUGUGUGGGGCUACCUUUGAAGGUGACCCGGAAACUACAAUUAAUCCAGAAUGUGGCAGCCAGACUGGUGACUGGGAGCAGCCGCCGAGACCACAUAACACCGGUCUUGAAAGACCUACAUUGGCUCCCAGUACGUUUCCGAGAGCAAUUCAAAGUGUUGGUGCUGAUCUUUAAAGCCCUAAACGGCCUCGGUCCAGUAUACCUGAAGGAGCGUCUCCAUCUCCAUCAUUCUGCCCGGACACUGAGGUCCAGCGCCGAGGGCCUUCUGGCGGUUCCCUAGCUGCGAGAAGCCAAGUUACAGGGAACCAGGCAGAGGGCCUUCUCGGGAGUGGCACACGCCUUGUGAAACUCCCUCCCAACAGAUGUCAAAGAGAAAAACAACUACCAGAAUUUUAGAGGACAACUGAAGGCAGCCCUGUUUAGGGAAGCUUUUAAUGUUUAAUAAAUUAUUGUAUUUUAAUGUUUCUGUUGGAAGCUGCCCAGAGUGGCUGGGGAAACCAAUCUGCUGCUCCCACCAAUAGGCCCAUGCUGGCUUGAUGCUACCUUGCUCUUUCCUUCUGCAUCCUCAUCCAGGUAAGCUGCAGCACACAGGUCAUGCACAGUAAAGGUAAAGGGACCCCUGACCAUUAGGUCCAGUCGUGACCGACUCUGGGGUUGCGGUGCUCAUCUCGCGUUAUUGGCCGAGGGAGCCGGCGUACAGCUUCCAGGUCAUGUGGCCAGCAUGACAAAGCCGCUUCUGGCGAACCAGAGCAGCACAUGGAAACGCUGUUGACCUUCCCACUGGAGUGGUACCUAUUUAUCUACUUGCACUUUGACGUGCUUUUGAACUGCUAGCUUGGCAGGAGCUGGAACCGAGCAAUGGGAGCUCACCCCAUCGUGGGGAUUCAAACCGCCAACCUUCUGAUCGGCAAGCCCUAGGCUCUGUGGUUUAACCCACAGCACCACAGCUAUACACAGUAUAGCUGACUAAAGCAAACCUUAUGCUUUAGCAUUAUUGCAAACACAAAUAGCGCCAUUUCCUAAUCCUUCUCUCUUAUGCCAGCACCUUUGUGGUUUCCUUUUUCUUUGUCAUCCUCCCUUGUUUGACUCUUACUUAGGUUAAUGGUGCUGAACCUCCAGCACAGGAACAAAUCCAGAAUUCUUUCUUUUACCUGAAAUUUCAUGACAUCUCCUAUGCCGCUAGAAGGUUAAUGCCACAUCACCACACUGAUGUUCCUGGCCACCAGAAAAAAACGGGGAGUGUUCCAACACUCACAGUAAAACCCUCUUGGCCAAGUUGUCCUUGACUCUGCUGCUUCAAAGAUAAAUUAUUCCCGAUCUUCAUAAUUAUCUUGCUUGUAAAUGCCGGCUGUAAACAAGCUGUGUACCAAAAUAUGUAAUACUUGGCCUUCGCCCAUCACUUUUCUUGUUGGGUCAACAUGGACUAUUAGUGUUGAAGUGAGAAUUGUUACAGUGGAGUCAGUUGUACUUCUUGGCUCUCUGCUCUGUUGGCAUUGCUUCAUUCAUCUCAGCAGCUUCAACCCGCUAACCUUGAAUAUUUUGCUACAAUUCUCUGAUUCUCUGCCUACAUAUCUUUGGAGAGUAUCUCCCUCUAUUGGCCUGAUGCAGCUUUUUGUUCUUCUAGGUUCUCCCUGAAUAUGAUCUGUCCUGAUUGAGAAGCCAUUUGUCUCUCUCUCUGACUCUCUUUCUUUUACUGCCCCUCUCUCAGAACAAACAGAGUGACCUUGGCCAUUCUGAUUCCAUAACGGGCUGUUGGCAUUUUUAACCCAGUGACACUUCUAUCAUGUCAUAUUUGCCGCUGCUUUAGUAUUUCCAUGCCCUAUUAACCAGAUGUAGUAGUGCUCUAGUUAAAAUUGCUGUUGGAUUACCCUUCUAUGGAGCUGAGACCACCAAGGCAUUGCUGGAGCUCUCCCAGUAUUAUGAAAGAGCUCCUUUGUGAGAAAGAGUCUGGGUCCAAUAGGAAACCUUGAAAACUCCAGUUCUAAACAGAAAAGCCUUUGGUGACAUUAUUUAUUUAUUUAUUUAUUUGGACUGCAGAACAAUAAUCUGUAUGUAUAGAUAUAUAUUUUUUUACAAGCACUGAGACAUACACAUGUGUACAGCAAAAUAUUAGCUCAUAUAUAUGUUGGCCAAGUUCUGAGCUCAGAGCUCUUAUUUGCUCAGCCAGAGCUGAUGCCAGCCUUGCUGCAACCUUGGAGAGGAAGCAUUCCGUUGAGUUCCUGGUUUGCAUUUUAACUUUUAACAGUUUUGUUGUGCGUUUUGGGGAUGACGCAGCAGUAUCCCUGCCUGGCUUCAAAGUACUAUUUAUUGGAAACUGAAGAGUUACAGUUCCUAUUUAAGCAGCGAGCACAGUGGGAUCCUGCUGCUGUGGCGUCAAGCCGCCACACUCCGUGGCAACUUUGCAGAGCUCCGCACAACCAUGGAGAGAGGUCUCGCUGAGGCAGGGACCGACAUGGCAAGAGCUGCCCGCCGCCUCCAGACCGCCUGCCUCAACUUGGAUUCCAACCUGCGCCUCUCUGAAAGCAGCUCCACCUGUUUGCUGGAGAAGCAGCUUCGGGAGAAAGUCCGGGAGAUGAUCCAGCUGCAGAGCCAGUGGGAUGGAGAGAAAGCUGAACUGAACUCCAGGAUUGCAGAGUUGACCACGUUAGGAGAUAAACUUAAAGAACAGAACGCAAAGAAAGAGAAGACCAUCUCUGGCCUAAAAAUGGACAUUCAGAAAUUGGAGGCCAGUAAGAUUGGAGAUCUAGAAGAGGUGAAGGACCUGAAAGAAGAAAUCGAAUAUUUGCAACAUAGCUUGAACAGCAUCACAAAGCUGGCUUUGUCUGAAUCCAAGAGCACAGGACUCGGUUCCUUGGAAAGUACAAGAACCUCGUCAGAGGAAGACGCCCUGUGGCAGACGUCCCCUCGGCGCUCCACCUCUCCCCACCGCCGGCGGGUAUCACCCUCCCGGGCACACCCUUCAUCGCUUCAGAAUGCAGCACUGCAAGCAGUUCGUGCUGCUAUCCAGAAAUCACAGCAGCAUGAGCAGGAGUUGCAUGUGCAGCUGGAGUCUUGCCAGGAUGUCCUGGGAACUGUCAAGAAGCAGCUCGCUGACUGCCAGCAGGAAGCGCAGGCAGCAAAACAGCGGCUGCAGGAAGAGAGGCAGGAAUGUGAAGAGCUGAGCCGGUCACUGGAGGAUUGCAGGAGGGAACUGCAACGCUGGAAAGCCUCAGUGGAGGUGCUAGGAAGAGAGAAGGAGGCAGCAGAAAUGGCAGUGGAAAGCCUGAAUCAGCAGCUCGAUUCCUCCCAUCUGGAGGUGGAGCGGCUGAAGACUAUGAAUGGAGAGCUGCAGAGACAGCGAAAGCUCCUGGAAGAACAGAAGGAGGAUGUCAUUAAGGAAAGGGAGAGAACGAAGAAGGAGCUGGAGCGGGGGCAAAGAUCCCUGGAGCAGCUUGAGGAAAGGAUGUCUGCCCUGAAGAAAGAGCUGGUGACAGUCAAGGAGUCUUUGAACCAAGCCAUGCUGGAGAAGGAUAUGCUAGAGAGUGCGAAGGAAGGCUUGAGCGGAGCACUUUCCAAAGUUAAAGCCACCAGUGCUAACCUUGAGCUCUCCAUACACAAGAUGAAAUCGGAAGACGCUGUGCUGAGAGACUCGUUAGCCAAGAUGGGUGCUCUGAACGAAGGGCUGGCUCAUGACAAAGUCAGCCUCAACCGCAUAAUUCUACAGCUUGAAGAGGAGAAGAGCAGGCUUUCAAGUAGGAAGCGGGAGCUGGAACAAGAGCAAGCCGGUUGGCGUGAGCAGCUGGCGCACUUGGAGCAAGAACUGAUGUGCAUGAGGGCAGAGAAGAAGGGGCUGCAGCAGAACUGCAAGGCCUCAGAAGAGAAGCAGGAGAGACUGGAAGGGGAAGUGGCCUUGCUCCACAAGGAGAGAAUCCAGUUUCAGGACCAAAUAAUGCAGCUGAACAGCCAGAAGCAAACUCUAGGUGAGCAGCUGGCCCAGAGCCACCGAGAGAUGGAGAUGCAAGCAGACUCCUUGCUCCGUACGCUACAGGAGAAGGAAGACAUGGCUAAGGAAAAGGCACAGGUGGUUGUGGAGCUCACUGCGCUGGAGAGGCACAGGAAGUUGUUAACAGAGGAGGCAGAUGCUCUCAGGGUGGAGAAGGAGUCCCUGGAAACCAGCCUUUUUGAGGCACAAGAACUGGCAGCACAGCUGGAAGCUCGCAAGGAACAACUGGAAGGAGAGAACCAAGGCAUCAAGAUUGCCAGAAAGGCACUUCAAGUGGAAUUGGGGAAAGCCCAGCAUGAGCUUGAGCUUCGGGAAACCACACUGAGGCGAGAAAUAGAGAUGUUGAAGCUCCAGAUAACUGAGGAACAACAAGGGUUACAACAGGUCAUAAAGAACCAGAAGCUGGGUUUUGAGGAGGACCUCGAGCGCCUCAGAAAAGAGAAGGAGGCCCUGCAUCUGGCAUUGAUUGAGCAGAAGGACGAGGCUAUGCAUCAUCUUCAGCAAGAGAGGGAAGAAAUGGCAUCCAAGCAUGAAGCUGAAAAAAGGGAGUUCAUGGAGGAGAUCCUCUCUUUGCAGCAGAACCGGGAUGAAAGCCUCCUCCUGCUAGAGAAUGAAAAACAGAAGGCUUUGUCCAAGAAGGAAGCAGAGAAGAAUAUCCUUUUAGAAAAGCUCAGUGAGUCACAACGCGAACUCACAGUUGCCAGGUCAGAGUUUGACCGGGUGAAGCUGGAAGCUCUGAACCGCCAGGAGCAAGACAAGAACACAGUUGCCAGCAUCACCAGUGAGCUACGGACCUUCCAGGCACAGUUUGAGGACGCAAUGGCUGCCCACCAGAAGGAGGCAAAGCGCUUAAAUGAACACAUAAAGGAACUGGCAAGAGAGAAGGAGCUUGUUGGGAGGGAGGCAGAACAGCUAAAAGCACAGCUGCGGCUGGCAGAGGAUACCCACGCAGAAAUUCGCAAGGAGCUGGUUGAGCUUCACCACAGGCUGCAGGAGACUGAAGAGGCUCGUGACCACCAACAAAAGGAGCUGCUAGAAAUUCGGAGGGCUGUGGCAGACGAGAGCAGAGAAAAAGAAGCACUGCAGAAAUCCAACAGUGAGCUCAGAACAGCUGUCAAGAGAGCAGAGAACGAGAGGCUCAGCUUGCAGAGAUCCGAAGAGGAGAAGGAGCAGAAGAUUGCUGUGCUGGAGGAAGCAAAAGCAGCUGUUGAUGGAGAGGUGGGGGAGGUCCGAGCAAAUCUACGGGAAGUGGAGAAGUCUCGCAUGGAAGCGCGAAGGGAGCUGCAGGAGCUGCGCAGGCAGGUGAAGGCCUUGGAGAGUGAGAACAGCAAAAAAGCCCAAGAAAUCAGUGAACGGCAGCAUCGGUUGCUCGAGGCAGAACAGCAGGAGCAGCAGAACAGCAAAGAGGCCCUGGAACUGAAGCAGAAGAUAGCCGGGUUGGAGAUCAGCCGUGAAUCUGCUCACAAGGAGGUGCUGAGCUUGCGGAAGAAGCUGUCUGCCAUGGAGGCAGAAAGCCGGCUUCAGGAGCAAGACCUUGCGCAGAGCCUUGCCGAGAGCCGUGCCAAGGAGAAGAAGCUGAAGGACGAUCUUCAUCACCUGGAGAUGAAGCUGCAGGAAGCCAGCAUGGCAGGCGAGAGCCUCCAGAUGCGCCUCAGCACCUGUGAGGGGCGUUCGCAAGGCUUGGGAAUAGAACUAGCCAAAGCGGAGGCAGCCAAGAGGGAGGUUGAGCUGAAGCUCGUGGCACUGCAUUCGGCUCUGCGCCGCACGCUGGGGCUUGGCAGCCGGAGUCCAUCGCCACAAAGAUCCUGCUCUCCAGUCAAAGGAACCAGUGGCCGGCAGACACCUGCCUCCCGCACUGGGUCUCCUGAGAGGAGCCGCUCACGUUCCCCAUUUCACCAACCUUCUCCUCUCAGAGGUGACCAAGUCACAAGUGAAAUUGACCCGGAUGUAGUUCGAGAUGCUUUGAGGGACUUCCUUCAGGAGCUGCGGGACACUCAGAGAGAGAGGGAUGACCUGAGGAUUCAGAUUAUGAAUAUGAGCCGUCAGCUGAAUGAAAUGGAAUCUGAUCGUGACCGGACAAAAAGUCGCAUCCUGCAACUCCAGAAGCUCCUAGCAGACUGUGAGGAAGGCAAACGGGGAGCAGACGGGCGCCUAAGCAGCACACAGGCAGCGCUGAUGCUGCAAGAGGAGACGGCUCGGAAAGCGGAGAGGGCGCAGCAGGCCCUUGCAGAUCAGGUGGCAGCCCUGGAGCGCAACUUGCACAUUUGUCAGGAAAAGAACAGGGAACUGCAGGAGAAAGUCAACAAGUUGAAAACCAAGGAAGCCAAGCUAGAGACAGAGAAGUGGAAGCUGAAGGAAGUCCUGGAGGCGGCAGAGAGUAGGGCCACCAAGUUGGAUCUGAGCCGCAGGGCUGCUGAAGGAGAACUGCAGCGGGCCGAGCUCAGCUUGACUGAGCGGGAUGCAGAGAUCCAGUCCCUGCAGGAGCAGACCCAGGUGCUCUGCUGCCAGUUGGGAGACAAAGAGAGCAAAACCACCCAACUGCAGCAGGAGCUAGACCACCUGACCCAUUCUCUGGCCAGGACUGAAGGCACAGAAAGCCACCUAAAGGACCGGGUGCAAAGCCUGUCUCAAGCUCUGUCUGAUGCUACCGCUGGCUCCUCCUCCCUCCAGGAGAACGUCUCCCAACUCCAAAGGGCCCUGACUGCUGCAGAGCAAGACCGUCGGCUACUCCAGGAUCGCUUGGACUCGAUGCGGCAUGCAUUGUCAGAAAGCAAGAGGCAGAACCAUAGUUUGACGGAUAAAGUACAUUUGCUGCAAGAUCAGCUGGGUGAGAUGGAGCUGCGAUGCAGAAACCUGGAAGGGCAGUUGGAACAUUUCCAGGAAGCAGAGCAUGAGAAAUUCAGGAAGGAAGAUGACACAUUUCGGUUGAGUCACAUGAGGGAACAACUGGACCGGUCCCUGAACAGCCUGCAAGAGGAAUUGGAGGAUACCCUGAGGCAAAAUGAACACCUGCAGGCCAAGAUUGCAGAGCUGGAACGAACACAUGCUCAACAACUGAUGGCUCUAACAUCCCGGCAUCAGCUAGACAUGGAGUUGGAAACAGAGAGGCUUCACAGUGCACAGCUCCAGUCCGAACGUAAGCUGGAGUCACGAGAGAGAACUCACCGGCAGAGAGUGAAGAGCUUGGAGGAGCAGGUGAAUGCUCUGAAAGAGCAGCUGGAUCAAGAAGUGAGAAGACGACAAGCCUACAUGAGCCAGAAACUUCACACUGGGAAAUGAUUCAGAAAGGAACAUUGUGCCCUGAUCCCAGACAACCAAACACAGAACCAGCCUUCAGGAGACUCCUUGCAGCUCAAGCAUUGGAUUUAUCAAUCUCCUGCAUAAGAGUGCUCAACUGAUUCAUGGUCUGAGAAACCAGAGCUCCCGGACCCACAGUGCUAGGGAGUAAUAUCUCCCCCACCCGAGGAGUACAUACCCUGAAGACUUGGAAGGCACAGUCAAGACAGCAAAUGACUAGGCAGCCUGCAGCCAAGAGGAAACCCUGCUGUGGGGGCAGCUGUUCUCUCUAAGAUGCUUGGAACCCAGGGCACUGAUGCUUAACUAAUUAAUUUAGGACAUUUGACGAGGGCAUUCUCUGUUGUUUGGUUUUCUGGGUAGAGUAUCCCUGCAUGAUCCCCGUAAGGUUUUGUAUUCAGGCUGUACAAAUUGGAAAAUUCCACAGCCCAGAUAGGAGCAUUUAUUAUUGAAAUACCUCUGCAUUUCCAUCACUGACCGGGUUAUUUUAUUAUCCCUCAGGGUUUGGAAGUUGCUGUCAAGUACUUCCUGGUGCCUCGUGCUGUAGCCAUACCUGUUUAGUCAGUGGCAUCCAUGGUGAUGGCGGCUGUCUGCCAAUGAUGUCACAGAUCCAUAUAUCACAUGCCCUUCUGCAAAUGAAGGAGGCAGGUAUUUCUGCUGCCAUCCAGAUCAUACUGUGCUAUAAAGAGUAGUUUUGAAGCAGAGUGUGAACCACACCCAGGGAUUGAUCAAAUCCUUUGCUGUGUCUAUGAACAUCAAGCCAUUUUCAUGGUGGCAGGUGGCUGAGAUUAGCUCAAAGCCAAGCCAUCUUAUGACUUGCUGGCCCCAAGACAUGUCAGGGUGUUAACAUUCAACAUUCCACCCACUCUGCCGGCUGACAGGCUCCAAGGAAAUCCCUUUAGGAAUCAAACUUUGGUUUCCUUGGUGAUGACAGGGAAACCAUCUUGGAGCUGCUGCGAGUGUCACCUGUUAGCAUUGUUCCACAUUUUUUCCUCGUGAAUGUUUGUUUUUCCAAAUGUGGUACUGCGAAUUAUUAAAAAUAAAGAACCACUUCCUAAAGAAACCGAGGAGAGCAAUUUCCACUGUGCUAAUAUAUAAAUACUGUACAUUCUGUACUGGCUUAUUUAAUAUUUGUCAUGUAGCCCUGAAACUUACCAUUUUAAACAAAACAAAAAAAAGAGUUUUGUGGCACCUUUUAAGAGUAACAGAUUUACUGCAGCAUAAGCUUUCAUGCCAAUUCCAGUGGACUGUAAUUCACAAAAACAUGGGCUACAAUUAAUCUGUUAGUCUUUCAGGGGCCAUAAGAUUCACCCCAUCCGCUACAGCUCCCCACAUACCAUCUCUCACACACUUUUCAAGGGUCCCCCAACUCUGGAGAGGAUUGGGGAGUCACAGCAGAGCAGAAGGUGUAUAUGUGAAAAUUGCCUUCUUGCCGUGCCCCACCCCUCCUGACAGAAGCCUCCUCUGCAUUAAAGAGCUUUCCGUCAUCAGAGAGAUACCACUGGAUAAAAUACUUGCUGUUUUCUGUUGCAACAGACUAACAUGGCUGCUCUUCUGAAAGUUGUAUAAAAUAAUUGUCCUCCUUCUUAUCGUAGAGUUGGAAAGGGGCCCAAGUCAUCGUCCAACCCCCCCCCCCCUAAAUGCAGGAAUCUCAACUGAAGCAUCUAAGCCAUCCAACCUCUGCUUUAAAAACUCCAGUGAAGGAGAUUCCACAUCCUCCCAAGGGAGUCCAUUCCACUGUCAAACACCUCUUACUCCCAGAAAGUUUUUUUCUAAUGUUUAGUCAGAAUCUUCUUUCUCCAACCUAUCAUUGUUUACAAAAAUGCAUAUAUUUGGGGGGAAAUGCACAAAAAAUGAAUAGCUUCAUAAAAAUGCAUAUAUUUGGGGGGAAAUGCACAAAAAUGAAUAGCUUCAUAAAGAAUGGCGUACAAAAAUCCGUAACAUUGUUUUCAAAAAUGUGCAUAUUAAUCAUUUCUUGGGAGAAAUUCUACUAAAAAGCUGGUGAAUUUUUAUGAGUUUUCUUUAAACAACCAAAAUCACAAAUUACUGCAGAAAUGUGGGAAACUGAAUUUAGGAUUGGGAAAAAUUAGUAACUGAAAGAUUGACAGAUCUUUCCAUCCCUAGUUGCAGUAAAUUAUUUGGGCUAAACGUCUGAAGUAAGGUGCUAGUUCCUUAGGACUAGUUCUGAUCCUGCGCUGGUGUCAAACCACGAUUCUAUUCACUUCUGCUGGGAAACACGCAUGCACCCAAACAGUGCUGUUUAAAUGCAUGUAAAUUAGGAUUAAUUUAGUUGAACUGCCACAAACCUUAUAUUGAGUGACUAACAAUGGCAGAUGACUUUCCAACCUUUCAACCUUGAGCAAAUAAGUCAAACUGU